UCUAUAUGCUUUUUUCCAAUAAAGAAAGACGAGCAGGUUUAAAGGGGACAGCCAAUCCUGAAGAGGGUCUCUCUCACUCUUGUUGGUGGGAUUUGGAAAUACGCAUUUAUGAUGCUAACGGGAAGCCAAAACUACAGAGAAAUGGAACUAAAGAACAAGGUAGAAGAAGUUGAUGAUCAUGAUAUUGAUCAUGAUGAUGAUGACAAAGACGAGAGUGAAGACGAAGAAGACGUAAUAGCAGAAGAAAAAUGGAGAAAGCACUAUUCAUCUAUGCAAAAAAUCCUCUUGGUUGGAGAAGGUGACUUCUCCUUUUCCUUGAGCUUAGCUAGAUCCUUUGGUUCAGCCCGGAACAUGGUGGCCACCUCCCUUGAUCCUCUUGAGAAGAUAGAGAAAUAUUAUAGCAAUGGAAUAAGGAAUAUUAUGGAGCUAGAAGAAAGGGGUUGUUUGGUACUGCACGGAGUGGAUGGAAAGCAUAUGAGUGAUCACUUCUUCCUCAAAACCCAGAGAUUUAACAGGAUCAUCUACAAUUUUCCUCAUGUUGGAUUCCACUACCCGGAAGAUAGUUGCUGCCAGAUCCAGAUGAACAAGACUCUGGUGAAGGAAUUUAUGAAGAAUGCAAAAGCUCUGUUGAGGAAAGAGGAUGGUGAGAUUCAUAUAUCACACAAGGAGGGUGACCCCUAUGACAAAUGGAAUCUAGUGGAGAAAGCACAGAAGAUAGGGCUGCAUUUACAUGACACCGUGCCCUUUUGUAAGAAUGACUACCCUGGUUAUCAAAACAAAAGAGCCUAUGGUAGCUCUGCUGAUGCUCCUUUUCACCUCGGUGAGGCUAAUACUUACAAAUUCAGGCCAACCAUGCACUCUCUCUAGUUUAUAAAUGGAUCACAGAAGUUGAAACUAUUGGAACUUUAUAAAUGCAGUGUAUGCAGACCAAUGAAACAUCAAGAGGGGCUUUGCUUCAUUGGAAAUUUAAGUAAAAUUUCUUGUAUUAAGAUAUAAGACUGUCCUGAACAUGGAGGAAACUCUUGGAUUCUAAGCUAAUUAAGUGGCAUAAACAUUUUGCCUCACUAAUUUGUGAUCUUUUUCUUUUUCUUA